GUUUGUACAGAAUAUUCCAUAACAUUUCAACUAUUCAUGCUUGCCGAAUAACAAGGCUACGAAGUGCGAACGAGGUCAAAAAUAAUGCAGCUUUAUUUGAUAGGCAUACUUACCAGUGCCGUUUUCAAGAUCUUUCUAUUCCAACAACUCUCUGACGCUCAAAUUGUCAAAGUCAAAUUCAUGGUUACUGCAAAACGACCAGCUCGGAAGGUUAUAGUAAAAUGCUGUGGAAAACUCCGAUGUGACCCAAAUAUCAUUUCAAGCACGACUUAUAAAAAUGAGACAGUUACAGUAAAAUCUUUAAUGACUUCAAAUCGUAAUGAGUAUCAGAGCAUUCCAAAAGAAACAGCGGGAACAGGCUCAAUGACGGCGAGUUCUCCGCAUAACAAUGAUAUUGGAACCGAGACAGAGCCUAUUAAUGAAAACCUGCCACAAAUACAAACAGUAUCGGACUUUGAUUCGUCAUCACCUCCUGGACCGACAGUGUCAUCUGUAGUUGGCACCAUAAUUAGUAAAUCUCCGCAAUCAGCUGCCGAACAGUCUUCAGUGUACUCAACUUCGACAAAUGUGCAGACUACAGAAUUACUAGAAGCAACUUUGACUUCGGUCACUUCUUCUACUACCUUGUCUACCUUAGAGCCCACGUCUAGCACUAACAGCGAAAAAACCACAACCAGUACGAACACAAUUUCAACCACGUCAACGAAAAGGACACCUUGCCAGCAAUACCAAUGUUCCUCGAAUGGGAAUGCGCUAAAUUCCAAUGGGCAGGUUGAUAUUUUGAAAAUUCAAAACGCGACUAACCAGCAAGCGUGUGACAGACUUUAUGUUUUUGGGCGUAAUUUGCUUAGUUGGACAGAGGCAGCGAGUUAUUGCUGUUCUCUCGGAAUGCAGAUGCUCAGCAUUGAGACUAAAGAGGAGUUGAAUUGCAUUUCAGAUCUAAUGAACAGUCCUGACGGGACGGAUUUGCCAGGGGAGUAUUUUACAUCCGGUUCAGACUAUCAAAAUCAGAGCAGCUUUGUUUGGUGCUCGGCUAAUUACACUCCUUUUAACUCGAGUGUUGUUUUCUGGAGUCCUGGGGAACCGAGCACAACUAAUUUACAAGGAACUCAAGAAGAUUGCGUUUCUGUGCAACUCAGCGCUGGCAUGGUGAAUGAAAACGUUCUGCGAGACGUCGAAUGCUCUGCCGAAAUGAAAUUUAUUUGCGAAGUACCUGCUCCAACGACCACGAGACCGCCGUGCUUGGAAUUCAGCUGCCAAAAAAAUAUUGAACUGUUGGACCAGAACAAUUUUAUUUUGCCAAAUGCAUCAAUAAACGGCACGCUCAGGAUAGGUUGUGGGAGGAUGUAUCUUUUCAGCAAAUAUUUAGUGAACUGGACUGACGCUGCGUCCAAAUGCUGUUUGCUUAAUAUGCAUUUGGCAGCGCUCGAGACUCCUUCAGAAGUGCAGUGCUUCAACAAUAUAUUCAAAAUGCCAAAUUAUGGCGAAAAUUUGGCGAACACUUAUUGGAUUGGCGCGAGUGAGGGUUUAUUCACUUGGUGCACUCCAAGAAGAAGUGCAAAUAUUGCCAAUAACCGUGAUUUUUUUGGCGCAAAUGAGCCCAAAACUAAUUCCACAACCGAAAAUUGCGUCAACUCUUUGAUUAGUAGUACUGCUGGUGCUGCGUCGAUUGCAUUUAAAACUGGUAAAUGCGGUGACAGUCUCCGUUACGUCUGUGAGACUGAGGCUUGUUCCUUCCCGGAGUGUCCAAACAAAACAUGCGUUCAAGAUCCGGCGAAAUACAACUUAUCACAAACAUGGAAAAGCAUGCCUGGAUUUAUGUUUUGGGAACAUAUCGUUUUUAAGGAAUCAUUUUAA